AUUCGCAGCAUCUCCCAUCACCAUCGGCGAUACGCCUCUUCUUUGACAGUGCAAAAGAAUCGACUUUGACAGGGCUCCGCUUCUCCUUGCCCUUUCAGAAGUCAGACUCUUCAUCAUGAGCGAGCAGACUCAGCAAGCGGCUUUGGACGCGCUGGCGUAUCAAAGAGCUCAAUUACAAGCUCAAGAAGCUCACUUGGCCCAACAAGUCGCGCCUUCUUCGCCAAGCACCGCAUCGGUAGGCUCCCCCGUCAACCCUUCUACGCCUGCUAGAUCUUCGAUGGGCGCUGCUGCAGCCAAUGGCAGUCCUCUCGCCACUUCCAACCCCUUUACUACCAGUGCCGGACCUCAAAGCCCAACUAUCCCCAGAAAGGACCCAAAGAGAGCUAGCAUCGCUGCGGGCGCUGGCUUCAAUCCCCUUGAGGCUGCGGCGUCUGGCGCUCAAAGUACCAGGUACGCUCCAGGAGGAAAAGUGCGCUUGACUGACUACGCUACCAUCGCGAACGCGCCGCUCCCGGCCGAAGGCAAUGGCACUUUCAGCAACCUUCACCUUGCCUUGCUCGUCUUCUUCACACCGGCCAUUCUUCUUCGAGUGAUCCCCUUCUUCAAGGCGAGCUGGGUCCCCUGGUGGCUCUACUGGAUUCUGGUGAUCGUGAUCGGAGCUCCCGUGACCAUUGGCUACUGGACCUUUAUGAGCAUUUGUGGACCUCGCAAAAACGAAAAGGUCAACUUGCCUGGAAAACCCGUCGAGGAUUACAUUACCAUUCACGAUGCCGAACUGAAGCGCAAGUACCACGGACGCAACAAGAUCCCCAUGCAACCUUUCCAUGAUGCGUACUUCGAUGGCAAGAUCGAUAUCAAGGGUGAUAUGCUGGACCUAUUGGAACACAGGCUGGAUUGGUCCCACAUGCACUUUACGCCCGAACUCUUCAAAUUUGUCCUCACUGUACUCGUCCCGGAUGUCAUCAGACACACUGAGAAGCAAGAUAUGGAGCAAGUGCGCGAUCACUACGACCGAGGCGACGAUUUUUACGAGUGGUUUUUGGGACCUCAGAUGAUCUACACUAGCGGCAUGAUCAGCGAUCCCAGGCGCAAAGAGACUCUGGAAGAACUUCAGGACAACAAGAUGGCAGCUGUUUGCAACAAGCUUCAGCUGCAGCCCAGCGACAAGGUUCUGGACAUUGGAUGCGGUUGGGGAACGCUUACUGCUUUUGCUGCCAAAAACUUUGGUUGCGACGUGACGGGAGUGACAUUGGCCAAGAACCAGACCAAGUUUGGCAACGAGAGGAUCGCAAAAGCUGGACUCUCUUCAGACAAGGCUCGCGUGCUAUGCAUGGACUACAGAGACAUUCCAGUCGAAAAGGGUUACUACAACAAGAUUGUCAGUCUGGAGAUGGCAGAGCACGUAGGCAUCAGACACUACUCCAAGUUCUUGGCGGACAUCCACGAGCGUCUGGAUGACGAUGGGACGUUCUUGUUGCAAGUUGCGGGCAUUCGACCUACUUGGCAGUACUGGGACCUGAUCUGGGGAUUGUUCAUGAACAAGUACAUCUUCAGGGGUGCGGAUGCUUCGUGCGCCAUCGGCUGGGUCAUCAACAAGCUGGAAGCUGCCGGGUUCGAGGUGCAGUCAGCAGACGUUUUGGGUGUGCAUUACAGCGCUACGAUCCUGAGGUGGUACGAGAAUUGGAAGUCGAACGAGGCGAAGAUCAAGGCAAAGUAUGGCGAAAAGCUUUGGAGAAUCUGGUUGUACUUCCUCGCAAGCAGCGUAAUCAUUGCUCGCGAGGGUGGGUCCAGCGUGUUCCAAAUCACCAGCAAGAAGAACCUCAACGCUACUGAUCGCGUGUCGUUCUGGGAAGGCAGAAUUCAGCCUUCCAAGUACCAGAGCGUUUACACCCCCGCUCAGUACUGAGGUGACAACCGCUUACGCACGUUGCAAGAGCGAGCCAAGGGCUUGACUCGCCAACACCAACGAACGCGAUUCGUCAAGCAGGCAAGUUGUAUUCAAGCCAAAGCAGUGUCGUGCGUGUCCAGAAAGCGAUCUACUUUUAUCCGAACGCACUACGCUGCCAGUCUGCUCUCAAGCCCUGCAUCCAUUCCACCGAUAUCGGUUCAUCACGCCCAGCUUACAAAUCACGAAAGGUGUCGACCUCGAAUGCAUGACAUUUUAGAGUAC